UGACGUCACUCGCCACCGCCUCGCGCCAUGAGGAGGCGGAGGACGUCGAGUGUCGCAGCUUCGUGAAAUAAAACAUUGCCGCCACCGCCUCGCUAUACCUGUCGGCGGCAGAGAACAUGUUUCCCAGGCGGGAGGUCCCUGCCGUCCCCCCCCUCCGGUUGGGCUGGGGGAGAGCCGCUAGGGCCCCUCCGCGCCGGCCAUAGGUGACCUGGACAGGGUCCCUCAGGUUCCUUUUGCUCCCUUUGCUCAGGUGCAUCGCCACCGUCGGACGGAGGUUUGGGCAGGGAAGCAUCGUUCUUCCGUUUCUGGCCCCUCCGUCCCUUUCUGCCCACUUAGAAUCGGAGGGAGGUGCGGUUUCCUUUGCUGUAAGUGGCAUCUUGCGACGCAAAGAACAAAAUUGUUGCACUCAUUGCUGUAUAUUGGUUUCGAAAAUGCUAAAAAGAAUACAGUAAUAUCCUGGAUGGGGUUGUGUGUCUGAAGUGGGCCUUGCCUUAAAAUGAAUGAAACACAGAGCUGUGGUUCUUGGGCAAUUACGGCAGUCGGAGACUAGUGGCGCCCCAUAAAAAAAGCCACUGUGAACGAGAUUACACCCAGCAGAACCUACUGCAAAGAAAAAAGCUAUUGCCAGUUCAGAGCAGCAGUGUAUAACAAGCAGUUUUGUAGCAUAAUGCCUUAAGUGGUGGUGCAAUUCAUCUCCAAAAAGCUACUGCAAGGGUGGUGGGGACCGUAAGAGAUGGAUUUUUAGCAUGAGCAGAUCUAGGCUCUUCUUUUAGGAACAUUAAGGUAAAGAGCUUUUCAGCUGUUCUUUCAGGCUCAAGAUCACUGAAAGCAAACAAGAGUGGUGCUUUGCCCUACUGCUCCACUCCAGAUCUUCUGUAACCUUCAAACCACAAAUACAACCCAAACAGGAAACUGGCGAGAUACAGAGUGAUACCAGCCUCCUGCCAACCUGCAUGAGUAGAGCCAUUAAUAAAGGCAAGAACAUAGAAGACAUAGAAACCUUCUCUUGAUUUUUCUUUCUCUGGUGCAGGACUAGGCGGCUGGAGGGAAAUGAACUGGAGAUUAUAUUACAGAGUCUUUGCAGGAAGGCAUGCACUUUGUGCUGAAAGUUUUCAGAGACCAAUAGGUAAGUAACAAUCUAAUACAGAAGAAUAUGAAUGAACUGGAAGGGGCAUAUCAGAUUUUGGAAGAGUUAGGAGAGCUAAGACCUGGAAUGGAAAAGCUUACAGGUACUCAGGGAGAUUGUUGGCAUAUUUAGUAUAAAUAGGAAAGUUGAAUAUAGGGAGGAUUCUUACAGUGCAUCAGACCAUUGGCUGAGUACUCUGACAGACAACUGCUCUCCAAGUUCUCAAGUUGACAGAGGCCUUGGCCCUGCUACGUGAGAUAACUAGAGAUGCCGGGGACAUUGUGCAUGGAAAACAUACAGUCUACCACUGAGCUAAGGUGUUUCCUCUAUGAACCAAUUUAGAGUAGGUAAUUUUUUACAUCUGUCUGUCUGUAGAACACUUUUAGCCUGCAAAAUGGUUUAUAACUCUCACAUCCUCCAAGGAGCCAUAUGAAGGAAGUGCAGUAAAAUGUAACCUCAGACUUUUGCAGUGUAUCCCUCUUUAUCCCCUUUUGUUGCAUAAAGUGUGAGUCUCCUUUGGAGCAAAACCCUGUUGCUUUGUCUAUACAACUGCAUGAGGAGAUACUUAAUAAUAAUUUAUGUUCUUCAGCAAAUACUAGUCAUAUAUAAUACAAGGCUGGGGAACCUUUCCCACUCUCCAGGGCUCCAUUUGCGGGGGGAGGAGUAGUCAAGGCCAUACACCUGUAGUGUUUGGGGCCAAGGCCAAAAGAAGGCAGGGUCAAAGCAUACAUAGACACUCACAUCCCAUUCACAAACCUACCACAUCCCAUUCACAAAUCUACAUACAGUGGUACCUUGGUUUAUGAACUUAAUCCGUUCCGGAAGUCCAUUCUUAAACCGAGGCGCGCUUUCCCUAAUGAGGCCUCCUGCCGCCAGUGCCCUUCCACCAUUCGGAUUCCGUUCUUAGACCGAGGUAAUGUUCACAAACCGCGACACUACUUCCGGUUUUGUGGUGUUCGUAAGCCGAAUCGUUUGUAAACAGGACUGUUCUUAAACCGAGGUACCACUGUACAUAACACGUGCACAUAUACACACUGUAUCAGGCUGCCAGUGUGGUGCCCUCUCUUCACCAGACAGGCUGGUCAAUGAUCAGGAAGCAUCAGAGUCAUAGUUCAACAACCUCUGAAGAGCACCACGUUCUGUUUGCAUGGCUUCUGUGCUACGUGCUGAGAAAGGGACUCUCCUUUCUCCAUGCUCAGCCCAGGAACUGCCAAUGGGGGAAGAAAGUAAUCUCUUCCUUCAGAAGCAGCUCAAUUAACUUUUGUGCUGCACAGUGUGAAAGGGACUCCUUUUCUCACUGUGCAGAAUAAAAAUGCACCACACUGCCCAUGAAGGAAGAACUGCUCAGCUCAGCUCAUGGGCAGCUCAGCAGCAGGACUCAGCCAUGUUCCCUCUUCCCCACUACUGAGCAGUAAUUUUCAGUAAGCUGAGCAGCACAGGGCAGCGGGAGGUUUUCCUCCCCUCAUUAUGAUCUGUUCUCCCUGGGCUACUUCGCGGAUUGAAUAUUACAGCUCAGCAGUGGGGGCGGGGGGGAAGGGGCUGAGUAGAUGGCUCUGGAUCUGGGAAAAGACUGGCAAGCUAAAGGGGAGAUCCUGUGGGCCACACCUGGAUUAUGAAGUGAAGGUUCCCUACCUCAAAAUAAAUGUUUAAUUAACUAAAUUAGGGUUAAUCCUAUUGCUCCCACUUUACUUGAGAGUAAGCCUCAUUAAAUUUAAUAGGACUUCUUAGUAGACAUCGUUGGGAUUGCACUGUUAAAUGGGUUUUCUGUUCCUCAGUGAAAUUUCAUAUAACCAACUAUUACAAGCCCUGCAUUUGAAAAUGGUUGUUAUGUUUUAUAGGAUGGAGGAAUUGCUGGAUAUGUUCCCAGCAACAUUAUUAUGGGAAUUUUUCUGGUUCUAUGGCCUGCAGAAAACUGCUCCUAACUUCAUUGAAACCCACCUUCGUCUUUCCAAAUGGAAAUCUUUUCUUUCAAAGAACUCCAGAAAGCAGAAUAGAAAAGAUUGCAAGUACCUAUGGAGUGAGGUAUGAUAUCCUUUCUACUGCUCAUUUUGACUUUGAAUUCUUCCACCUUCCUUCACAAAACGUGCUUGAGACGCUUGUAUUUAUUUGUGUUUCUCUACCUUAUCCCAUAAGAAUAUAAGAAUCUCCUUGACUUAAAGUGCGCUCCUGGUUCUUCCUUUGCAGCUGUGGCUUCAGUUAUUUUAGAAUUCAAGCAAAGGAAGUGUUGAGAGCGCACUUUAAGUCGUAUGACACCAGACACAGGAUGAGUAAAGCCACAUUGUUAAAAACAAUGCCAAUUCACUGCUAAUACAAACUGAGGGAGUUUUCUCCCAGUAAUCUCAUUCUGGUGAAUGGCAUUUGAAUGUGUUUCUUUGUAACCCGUUGCAUAUGUUGCUGGCAGGCCCUUUUCAUUAUCCACUGCUCUAAUGGUAUUCUUUGGAGGUGGCAGAGGAAGAAAUGAUGGUCAAAAGGAGCAGCUCACUCUGAAGGAUGUGACAGAACUAAUUCAGAAGAAAGAAUGCAAGAGAGUCGUGGUGAUGACUGGAGCAGGGCUCAGCACUCCUAGUGGUAUCCCCGAUUUCAGGUAACACUCAGACUGCUUGCUCUCUUGACUGUACAGAUGUUUUCCCUACUCUGUAAAGUCCCCACCUUGUGGAAACUCUUCAGCAGCCACCACACUGCCCAGUCAUAGAUGGAGCAGCUUCAAGAAUAGGGCACAGGCAGUAAGAGUGAACCAGGCUCUUUUUUUGGAAUUGAAUGAAGAGGCUGGUACUGUUGGUGUAACUUUUUUCCCUAUCCCAACAUUGCACCAAACAAGGUCUGUUAACGGUAUAGUCCCUUAAUGCCAAAUAAGUCAUAUCUGGUUUUAUGCUACAUGGAGGAUGCCACAAUAGGUCCUUUAACUAUUUAAUUUGAUUUUCUUGCAUCCAAAAUUUCCCCUUUUAUGGAUUGCAACCUAUGUUCAAAAACAAAUAGCAACAGAAUCCAGAGCAAAUACACCAGGUGCUGUGCAUGAAGUGACAGACAUGCAUUUGUGAACAGAAUGCUAUUUUACCAGUCACGCACCUCCCCCCCUUCAUGUGGAUUGUCAGCUGCCUUUAUUUAAUUUUUGAAAGCAUUUUGUGAACGCUUAUGCCUAUAACCAUUCAGCCAUUGCCUUAUUUUUUUAAAAAAGAAACUUUUAACAGAUUUCUUUUUAAAAAAUAAGGCAGGAAGGUGAAAAACUGCUAUUGGGGAUUAGAGAGGGAUGUUUUAGGUGGCUUUAUGCAGUGCUAGCCAGUGUCCUGCACAAUCAUCUUCUGCUUUGAACUUUCAGCACAUUUCUGAAAGGAAGGCAUGUUUAAUCUGAGUAUUUAUGUAAAGAUCUUUGGUCUCAGGGAAGUGUCACAUUUUGCUGUAGUUCUCAUUUGCUUGUUUGAUCCUGCUAUGCUGAUAAAGAGUGAAACAAUAUGCUACUAUAUCAGAUCAAAACACCUUUAUCCUGUUUGAAGUUCUCUUACCAGGCAUGCUAUCAGCUACCUUCCUUCUCAUUUUCUGGUAUCAUUGUCACGGUGUCUCCUCCCAUCUUAAAAGCACCAUUGCUUCUUGAGAGAGUCCUCCACUGCUGAAUUCUCCUUCCUGUUCACCAUAAGCUGUUCACAUAUCAACUGAUAGGCCACUUUGGUGGUAUGUCUUCUUGACAAACUUGUGAUAUUCCUCAACUGUGUUUUCUCAUAUGUGAAUUUACUUCUAAUAGGGGUAUACCAGCACAUGAAAAACCUUUGCAAUGGCUUGGUUUCCUGGCAUGUUCUGUAGUUUUCUUCCCCUCUUGUCUCCACAGGUCCCCUGGGAGUGGCCUCUACAGUAAUCUCCAGCAGUAUAAUAUUCCUUAUCCAGAAGCCAUAUUUGAGCUUAAUUACUUUUUCCACAAUCCUAAGCCUUUCUUUACAUUGGCCAAGGAGUUAUACCCUGGCAAUUACAGGCCCAACUAUGCUCAUUACUUUCUCCGACUUCUACUUGACAAAGGGCUCCUUCUGCGUCUGUACACACAGAACAUUGAUGGGCUGGAGAGAGGUACGUCUCCCCAUCCCCUCAAUUUGGAUCUAAGAAAUAAAAAUCUAGGCUAAUGUUAGAGAUACUGCAGCAAACCUUUGGAUGGCAGGGAGAGUAUUCUCCACUUCCUUUGCGUUGAUGGAACGUUUGGGCCGAAUUGACCUUAACUCUGAGUUUUGUGUUCUAGUUGCUGGGAUUCCUCCAGAUAAGCUAGUUGAGGCUCAUGGUACAUUUGCUUCUGCUACAUGCACUGUCUGUCGAAGGUCAUACCCUGGUGAAGACUUCAGGGUAAGUGACAGCACAGCAGAUACACCACUCCAGGAAUAUCAAGCAUACUCCAGAGGGUGCUGGUUAUGUUUGGCUUAGGCACCAAGAAUCCUGUUUUGCAGGGUUCACAGGUUUGCUUUUACUUUCAUUAAUGCUUGGGAUGUUCAAUCAAUAGUACCAAUGGAAAGUGUCCCUUGUAAUUUCAAGUGAUGUAAUGUGUGGCUUAUACUGCCUGAUUGUGGACUCAUAUCCUGCUUUCUGUGUUAUCAUAGGAGGAUGUGAUGGCUGACAAGAUCCCCAAGUGCCCUGUGUGUACUGGAAUGAUCAAACCUGACAUUGUUUUUUUUGGAGAGGAGCUCCCUCAUCGGUUCUUCUUGCACGUGACAGAUUUUCCAAUGGCAGACCUGCUCUUUGUCAUCGGAACCUCCCUUGAGGUCUGCGCUAUCAUGAACAUGGGAAGAGAAUGAAAGCUGGGGUAUUGAGACAGAGUGGUUCGGGGACUCUGGAAAGCAAUGCGGAUCCAAAGGGAAAGCGAGGGUGGCAAUUCAGGGAUCAACAAAGUCGAGUGCAUCUUGGGAAAUGUGUAAGAAGGAUUUAUAAAUAGCUCGGGAAGCAUAGAUUGCCAAAAUUGAAGAAAUGAUUUUGUGUAUCUAGUGAUGUAGGGAGAGGCAGAAUCAGUGUUGUUGUCUCUCAGUGGCAGGGCAGAAGUAAAUGUGCCUUAAGCAUAGACAUAUGACAGGACAGUCUUAACUAAAUAUUGUUGUGUACAAAGUCAGGAAUAUUGGAAAUGCAAGCAGUUUUUCCUCUGUGACAUUAUCCCAGCACACACAAUAGAAAUCUUAACAUGCGCAUUGCCCCAUCAGCAACUGUGUUAGCAGGGGAAAGGGAGAGCAAUAUGGACUCAAUCACAUGUAGUGUAGGGAUCAAUGAUGAAUCAGUACAUAUCAUUUCCUAAAUAAGAAGCAUGUAGAUUUCCUUAGCUGCUGUUCAAAUGCUCUGCAUUAAUUGAGGGUGAAUAGCUGGUACAGUGUAUGGCCAAGGGCAGGGGUCAGCAAAGUCUUUCAGCAGGGGGCCAGUCCACUGUCCCUCAGACCUUGUGGGGGGGCUGGACUGUGUGUUUUUUUUGGGGGGAGAAAUGAACAAAUUCCUAUGCCUCACAAAUAACCCAGAGAUGCAUUUUAAAUAAAAGCACACAUUCUACUCAUGUAAAAACACCAGGCAGGUCCCACAAAUAACCCAGAGAUGCAUUUUAAAUAAAAGUGCACAUUCUACUCAUGUAAAAACAUGCUGAUUCCCGGACCGCCUGCGGGCCGGAUUUAGAAGGCAAUUGUGCCGAAUCCGGCCCCCGGGUCUUAGUUUGCCUACCCAUGGCCAAGGGUAUGCACCCUGAAAUAGGAAGGCUUUGGUUCAAAUAUUAGAUUAGAUACAAACUCACUGGAUGGCCGUGAGCAAGUCGUUUUCUUACAAGCCUCAGCUAUACUCUUUCACUUAGGAAUAAUAUUGCUAACCUACCUACCUGACUUGUUGAAAGGAUAACCUGAAAUAAAGUUUGAAUUGCUUCAAGUGGGCAUUUAGCAGAACCACUGUACAAUAGGUAACAUAUUUCCUUUUUGUUAGCAGGUUCUCAUUUACACUACCAUAUCGCCCUCUUCAUUAACCAGUAUUUGGGUGCAUUAUUACAGUUGUUCGAUAGAUUAAUAGAUCUCAAGGUGUUAUGAAUUUCUUUUGAGCUGUGACUUUCACUUUGGAGCAGAAUAUGCAGCCUUUUCCUUUUGGUGUUUGGAUUUUAGGUGGAGCCAUUUGCCAGUCUAGUUUAUGCAAUUCGUAGCUCUGUUCCACGUGUGCUGAUCAAUCGGGAAUUGGUGGGACCAUUCGCUCAUCAGCCACAGCACAGUGAUGUGGCUGAACUGGGAGACGUCAUCAUUGGAGUGGAAAAAGUAGUGGAACUGUUGGGCUGGAAGGAGGAGUUGCAAGAAUUAAUGAAGAAGGAAAAAGAAAAGGUAUGAAAGUUCGAGUUGAAAAGGUUUUAUUUUCUCUCCCCAUUUCACUUGCAGAAUCUCUCACGAGUACAAACAUUGCAGUAGUUCUGAAAAGAGCAGUUCAUCCCGUCUUGACAUAAUAUGACCUGUACAAGAUGGGUAUCUGGCAUGCCAGUAGUACAAGUGAAAAGGUUCUAGAGGUCUUGGUAGACCACAAGUUUAACAUGAACCAACAGUGUGAUACAGCAGCAAAAAAGCUAAUGCUAUUCUAGGCUGCAUUAACAGAAGUACGAUGUCCAGAUCAAGGGAAAUAAUGAUAUUGCUCUAUUCUGUCUUGGUCAGACCACACUUGGGCACUGUGUCCAGUUCUGGGUGCCACAAUUUAAAAAGGAUAUUGAUAAGCUGGAACAUGUGCAGAGGAGGUUGACCAAGAUGAUCAAGGGUCUGGAGACCAAACCUCAUGAGGAAUGGUUGAGGGAGUUUUUUUCUCCUGCUCUGGAGGGUAGGACCCAAACAAAAGGUUUCAAGUUACAUGAAAGGAGAUUCUUAGUAAACAUCAGGAAGACCUUUUUAACUGCAAGAGCUGUUUGACAGUGGAAGGGGCUUCCUCGGAAGGUGGUGGACUCUCCUUCAUUGGAGGUUUUUAAGCAGAGGUUGGAUGGCCGUAUGUCAUGAAUUUCAGGGGAUUGUACAAUUUGAUUAUUAUUAAUUUUGUAUACCACCCUUCAUCCGAAGAUCUUGGGGAGGUAAACAGCAUAAAAAUACAAAAUAAGAACAAAUCAAAUGAAGACCCCCUCCCAAAACAAUGGACUAGAUGAGUCCCUUCCAACUCUACAGUUCUGUGAUUCUGUGAUGUUAGAAUUAAUGGCAUUUUCCUAUGUACUUGUUGUAUUCUUAAAACUCAACAGUGAUAUGCUUUCAUUUAACUGUAAACGAAUCAUUUCCUUCUCUGUGUUGUUGCUUUUUCACGUUAGUCAGUAUCAGCUGUUGAAUGGAUGGACUUUGGAACAAGCAAGCUUCAUAGACAAAUAAUGUUCUUUCUAUUUUUAGCUGGAUGCAAAAGACAAAUAGGAAAUCUGACCCCUGCUGUUGGAAAUGUUUACCUCCUAAAGGACUGUUCAUUGCAGCCAAAGGUUACAGCAAUAAGAGCAGAGAACUGGAGGAAAAUAUGCUCUCCACUGUGCUAGCACCCAGUAGGUUAGAAGAACUAAAAAUCAUUCAGAGAGUCUAGUUGCACAUGGAUGUCCUCUGAAGGAUCUUGGGAGAUGAUGAUCAAAUGGCAGGUUGUGAAUUUGCUUUUGCGUAAGAGGCUCUAGAUACCAGAGUGGAAGAUGAAGAUGUACGUUAUAGCUGCUACUUCCCAUUAAACUUCACCUCUUAAGCUGUUUCUCCAAACAAACUCUUCAAAUGUUUUCUAAACCAUCAUAGAUCUUGUGGUGUUGCACUAGUAGCCUUAGCUGCAAUAGCAUUCAUCACAGUUACGCUGAAUCUGACAUUGUACCAACUUGUGAAAGAAUUUGGAUUAGGCCAACUUUAGUAACUAAGCUUAGAAGUUUGACUGUUCAGUCAGUGUGUCUUCUGUAGCUUCUGUGAAGAUCAGUCUGAAAGCUGAUAUUCUAAAAAUAAUUUGAUGUAUUACUAUGCAGUGUAUCAUUUAUGUAACAUGAAAAGAUAAGGUGUGUGUAAUUACAAUUCUAGCAAGAAAUGACAACAAUGAAAAGUGUAGUGAAGCUGCUGUUUGAACUUGAAUAAACACUUAUUGAGUGGCAAUAAUUAGUCAAAAUAAAAGCAUGUUUCAGCAGUCUCUCAAUAUUCUGUCUGCAGAUUUCUCAGUAUUUAAAUUCCAAACUUGUAUUUUCUGUCCUUGAAUUCAUUUAAUGGGGAAAAAAGUAUUGUGGGCAUCAUUCACAUAAUUGUCUGACAUUUUUCUGGGUGCUAUUCAGCAUCUUUGAAUGACAGGAUUUUAUCUGUUUAAAAGAGAUGCUGGGCUUCUGGGUUUCUUCUUUCAUUAUGUAAUUGUUGACAAAGAGAUGAAAGGAAGCGCUGGGUGGUUAGAACAGUGUUUUUUGUAGUGUUACCCUGAAUUAACAUUGAAAUUGUGGAACCUAUUAAAUCUAGUACUGCUACUUUAUGAACUUCAAAUCACCAUUUGAAGAUGCAAACACCACUUUGUAUAUGUCAAGUGUGUGUAGCUUAAUAUUAACUUUGUGGUUGUGCCAUCCAAUAAGCAUGUAAGCCAAGGGUUACCCUCCGCUUUUAGGAAUUGUGACUAGUUUGCUCCCCCAAUUUGAAGAACUCUACUUAUUUCUCUCCAAUUACAAUCAACCUCAGAGGCUGGAUCCCCCGCCCCCAAGCUCUAUUUUCGGCAAGGCCAUUUUUGCAAAGAGCUUCUGAUAAUUUGAAUGUGCUAACAGAUUUGUUUAUAUGAAUGUGUGAUUCAAAUAUUGGAUUGGAAAGCUCUUGAAUUUAGGAUAAGCCAUUCAAAUGAGACAUUUGACUCACCAGCCCUGCUGGGGUGUGUGUGUGUGUGUGUGUGUGUGUGUGUGUGUGUGUGUUUGCUAUAUACUGUCACCUCUUACUUGCCUUUUCACCAAACUAAAAACGCUGCAACAUUUCCUUACAUGUGAGUACCUCCAUCAUAUUGGUUGCCUUUUUCUAAACCUUUUCCAACUCUACAAUAUUGUUUUUGAGGUGAGGCAACCAGAACAGUAUAGUACACAGUAUUUCAAAUGUUGUUGCACCCAAGAUUUGUAUAACAGCAGUUUUAUUUUCAGCUCCUUUCCUAAUGC